AUGGCCAGCGUCCUCCUUGACAGCUACAAACAAUGGGCUAACGGCAUGGAUACCAUGGUCAUGGACUGGGUCGACCCCACCCUACGAUACCGUCAGUCGCCCAUGCAGGACUACUUCCUGGCUGAUUUUGGCACGGUGUUCGCGCUUUGCGUCGGCUACCUCAUUUUCGUCGUGGUUGGCACGCUGGUCAUGAAGUCAGGUGCACCCGCAAUCAACACGGCACCACUCCAGUUUAUCUACAAUCCCAUACAAGUUGUGCUGUGCUCGUACAUGACUGUUGAGGCCAUUUUGCAAGCCCGUCGCCAUAACUACUCGGCCACCCCAUGCAAUAACUUUGACCAUGAAAACCCUGUUAUGGGCAAUUUAAUGUACAUCUUCUACCUUUCCAAAGUACUGGACUUCUGUGACACCUUCUUUAUCGUCAUGGGCAAGAAGUGGAAACAGCUCUCGGUCCUUCACGUGUACCACCAUGUCACCGUUUUCAUCUGUUACUGGGCCAACUUCCGUAGUGCUUAUGACGGCGAUCUUUACAUGACUAUUGUGCUCAACGGUGGCGUGCAUGCCAUCAUGUACAUGUACUACUUUGUGAGCUCACACACGCGCGAAAUCUGGUGGAAGCCGUACCUGACAACGAUCCAGAUGAUUCAGUUUGUGCUUAUGAAUACGCAAGGCUACCUUAUGGUGUCCCGCUCGUGCCCGGGCAUGCCGUACAAGAUCUCAGUCAUGUACUUCAUCUACGUUCAGUCGCUGUUCUGGCUCUUUAUGAAUUUCUUUAUCGUAAACUACUGCCUAAGCUCGCGGAAGCCCAAGGCAGUUGAGGCCGAGAAGAAGACGAAGUGA